CUCUCCUCUCCCUGUCUCUCUCUCUCUUCCUUCUUUUUCUCUUUCCUUUGUCCCUCCUCUCUGUCUGUCUCUCCCUCCUCGCUGGGUCUCAGUUUCCCCAUCUGUAAAAUGAAGACAUUGGAUGAGGUCCUUCCCAGCUCUGCCUGAAAAGCCUGCCCUCGCAGAUGGGGUGGAGGCAGGAGGGAGGUUGGGUGCCAGCAGACCCUGGGCCUGGGAUGGACAUCCGAGGCUCCCCAUGAGGUGUAAUCAGAGUCUCCUGAGCAGGCCCUAAUCCUCGGGGCUGUUUCCUCCCUCUGUCCCUGCCCCGGGGACUCCCUUACAUAACGCCUGCCAAAGGCUGGUUGGCUGCUGGCACCCACGGGCCGCUGUCCGGGCUUUGCCGCCAUGGCCUUCACCGAGCUGCUGGACACCCUGGGUGGGGUGGGCCGCUUCCAGAUGCUGUACACGGCCCUGCUCCUGUUCCCCUGCUCCCUCCUAGCUUGCCACAAUUUCCUCCAGAACUUCACUGCCGCCGUGCCCCCGCACCACUGCCGGGGCCACGCCAACGAGACCGGAGGCGCCAACGCCACAGAGGAGGGCUGGUGGCGGGCGUCCAUCCCUGCAGACCAGCACCAGAGGCCGGAGUCCUGCCUGCGCUUUGUCCAGCCUCAGUGGGAGCUGCUGGACCCCAACGCCACAGUCGGCGACGUGGCCACCGAGGGCUGUGAGGACGGGUGGACCUACGACCACAGCGUUUUCCCCUCCACCAUUGUGACCGAGUGGGAUCUGGUGUGCGAUUCAAGGCCCAAGAGGGACCUGGCUCAGACAAUCUACAUGGCGGGAGUGCUGGUGGGGGCGGCUGUGUUUGGCAGUGUGGCAGACAGGUGGGGCCGGAAGGCUCCCCUUAUGUGCUCCUACCUGCAGCUUGCCGUGGCCGGGGCCUGCACGGCCUACUUCGGCUCCUUCGUGGUCUACUGUGUGUUUCGUUUUCUGACGGGCAUGACCUUCUCUGGAAUCAUUCUCAACUCCCUUUCUCUGGUUGUGGAGUGGAUGCCCACCCAAGGGCGCACGGUGGCUGGAGCCCUGCUGGGUUAUGCCUUCACCCUGGGCCAGAUCCUGCUGGCAGGAGUUGCCUACUUGGUCCGGUCUUGGCGAUGGCUGCAGUUCGCCGUCUCUGCCCCCUUCUUGGUCAUCUUCCUGUACUCUUGGUGGCUGCCUGAGUCCUCCCGCUGGCUCCUCCUCCACGGAAAGUCCCAUCUAGCCAUCCAGAACCUGCGCAAAGUGGCCAGGCUAAAUGGAAAAAGGGAGGAAGGGCAGCGACUCACUAAGGAGGUGGUGAGUACCUACAUGCAGAGUGAGUCUUCAGUGGGUCGGCCCUCCAGUUCUGUCCUGGACCUCUUUCGGACCCCAGCCAUUCGUAAGGUCACUUGCUGCCUCAUGGUUGUCUGGUUCUCCAAUUCCUUGGCUUACUACGGCCUGGCCAUGGACCUCCAGAAGUUUGGGCUCAGCAUUUACCUGGUCCAGGUGAUGUUCGGGGUCAUUGACAUCCCGGCCAUGCUGGUCUCCACCACCACCAUGAUUUACGUGGGGCGCCGGGCCACCGUGGCUUCGUUCCUCAUCCUGGCCGGAUUCAUGGUGAUCGCCAACAUGUUUGUCCCAGAAGACAUGCAAACCCUGAGAACGGCCCAGGCGGCCCUGGGGAAGGGCUGUCUGGCCAGCUCCUUCAUCUCCGUGUACCUCUUUGCAGGGGAGCUGUACCCGACGCAGGUCAGGCAGAUGGGCAUGGGCUUCGUCUCCGUGAAUGCCCGCUUGGGUGGCAUGGCGGCCCCGUUGGUCUCCAUGUUGGGAGAGUACCAUCCCGUCUUGCCCCCCGUAAUCUUUGGGGCUACCGCCAUCUUCGCCGGGGUGGCAGUCUGCUUCCUCAUGGAGACCCGCAACUUGCCCUUGGUGGAGACCAUCGAAGCAAUGGAGAGAAGGGCCAAAGGAUGCCUUUCCCAGAAGGUUACAGAAGAAAAGAGUGAAGAAAUAAGUCUACAGCCCAUAGGGGUUUCCUCUCACAUCAAAGAAACCGUCUAAACUGGAGGGAGUUCUUGGGAAGGCCCUGCUUGUUUGUGGCAAGAAGUUCUGGGUAUGUGUGUGUGGGGGGGGGGAGCAGGCUGCUCUGGGGGAGAUCCUUUGGAGAAAGAGCCAGAGCCUUGGCCCUGAACUUGGUGCUGGGGCCACGGGGGAGGGCGUGAAGCCAUCUUCCUCGAUUAUUUCCCAGAUGUUCAUCAAAAUUUCCAAUGUGAAUUGAAUUAAAUUGAUCUUCAAAGUUGUCUGUGUAUGUAUCUGUUUACAUUCCCGUGGCCUCUGCGUCCCAGGGCUACAGGCACAGGAAAAUCCAGCAGGAGAUAAUCCAUCCCUAGAUGGCAAAUAGUCCAAUAUAUAUUAAACAUGGUAGAAAUCUAUGCUAAAUCCAAUAGAUGCAUCCAUAUUUCUACAAUUAUCUUACUGCCCAAGAAAAAUCAAAUCAAACCAGUUAAAAAAGAGAGAAGCAAAAUAAAAUUGGAAUUGCUUGGAAGCCAAGCAACCAAUCAUCAAUUGCCAAUGAAAAUGUGUAGUAAUAUCAGGGGGAAAGUGUUUCUCCAGGCGUGCCCAAGGUCAGAUGCCCAGUAGAAUCCCUCCAAGACCUCUUAGGGGACUGGGACCUUUCCUGGCUGAUGUCAUAUGAUUCCUGCUUCCAGUUCCAUGACAGCAGUUUAUAUCUCUAUAGCAUUUUGGGUUUCCAAGGCAAUUUCAGCCCGGCAACUUUGAACUGGGAGUAGAGAGACAUGUCAGAAAAUCCCAGCUCCCCCCCUUACCUUCUGUGUCACUUGGGCAAGUUUUUUUCUUUUAACUG